CAGUCAGCAGAUGGCGAUCUGGGAAUUUAAGGUUGUGGACGGAACGUUUCUUUCAGCAGCAGCAACAGUUAGUCAGCCACCUCGGUAGCUUGCUAGACAAAAUAGCCGAACGAAUAAAGCUCUUUAGACGCUUUAGUGUAUAUUAGCCACUGUGUUUUAAACCCACUUCUGUCGUCUAGUUAGUUAUCCGCUUUAAUUUCAUAUUUACGGUGUUGUUGUUAUUAGUCAGCUAGCGGGCUGGUUAAGUUAGCAUUAGCCUAGCUAGCUAACGUCCCCGACCAUGCGGCCAGUAAGCUACUCUCCUUCUAAUGAAGAGGAGGAUAUCACAAUAAAACAAGAAGUAGAGGGUGAGGCCGUUACUGUGAAAGAAGAGAAAGACGCGUUCAGAGUGAAAGAGGAGGAGGAUGCAGUUUAUGGAUUGAAAGAGGAGGAGGGGGAGUUGACUGUCCCGUCCAAAAAGGACGAGGAGGACCCUGGAUAUCUGGGUCCGGUUUCCCAAACGCAUCUUAAGGUGUCCGAUGGUUCUAACGGUGCAGUUAGCCAUAAGAUGGUUUUGAGAAACCGUUCCCUGAUUAACACUAGAGAGAUACAGGACUAUCGUGGAUCAUCUGGGGAGCCUGAACAACCUCAUGAUGCUGAUGAGGCAGAGAAGAGUCUCUCCACAUCAGGACAUGUCAAGAAACACCUGCAGAGACCCACUGGGAAGAGAACUCACUGCUGCUCUGACUGUGGGAAGAGAUUCACCUCCUCAUCAGGCAUUAAAAUUCAUCAUAGAAUCCACACAGGAGAGAAGCCUUAUAGCUGUGGUCAAUGUGGGAAGAGUUUUUCUACUUCUAGAUAUCUGACUAUACACCAGAGAACACACACAGGAGAGAAACCAUAUAGCUGUGGUCAAUGUGGGAAGAGUUUUGCUCGAUCAAACAUUCUGACAUUCCACCAGAGAAUACACACAGGAGAGAAACCUUAUAGCUGUGACCAAUGUGGGAAGAGUUUUACUUCAUCUAGCAGUCUUAUUGUACACCAGAGAACACACACAGGAGAGAAACCUUACAGUUGUGAUCAAUGUGGGAAGAGUUUUACUUCAUCUAGUGGUCUUAUUGUACACCAGAGAACACACACAGGAGAGAAACCUUAUAGCUGUGAUCAAUGUGGGAAGAGUUUUAAUUCAUCUAGCUGUCUUACUGUACACCAGAGAACACACACAGGUGAGAAACCGUAUAGCUGUGAUCAAUGUGGGAAGAGUUUUACUACUUCGAGCUAUCUGACUCUACACCAGAGAACACACACAGGAGAGAAACCUUUUAGCUGUGGUCAAUGUGGGAAUAGAUUUACGACAUCUGGUUCUCUGACUGUACACCAAAGAACACACACAGGAGAGAAACCUCAUAGCUGUAAUCAAUGUGGGAAGAGAUACUCUGAUAAAAGAUCUCUGAUUAAACAUCAGAAAAUACAUGAAGGAGUUGUUUCAUGAUAUCAAUGAAUUAAUGUCACAAUGUAGAAUGUUCUAACAUCGUAGGAGUAUUUUUAUGAUGUCACAAUGAAGCUUAAACAUUUGCCCCCUUAUCAAUUGAUUUUAACAUGAUAUGGAUAUUAGCCCCAGGGGCAAAAUACAGGCUCUGAAAUGAAAUAGUUACUAUUUAUGAGAUUUAAUAAAAAGUGACUAACCAAAAAAACGUUUGUUAGCACGUAUAGCUCGUUAGUCAGUAUGUGUUACACCUGAGCUGGUCCAGGUUCUAUUUAAGAGUGUCUGGCCCAGUGCUCCAGUUGUCUUGAUAGAUGUGGAGAGUCAACACCUUUAGCUGCUCAACUUUUUUGGUUUGCUUCCUGUCUUUCAGUUUGAUUUGGGUUUUUCUUUUGUUUUCCUCUUGGGCAGAUUUAGUGGGUCUCAUAGUGGGUGUCUUUUAGGUCCCAGUUGUUCGUAGUCAACUUUCAGUGAACACCAUAGUGUCUAUCGGAACCUCUCCUAAAAAACAAGUUAUGUUUUGGGUUGGAUGUAAGCAUCAUAUUGUUAAUAUUUUAAUCAAUGGCAUUUCCUUACAAUGCUCAUUAGUCUUUCAGUUGUUAGUCUUCUAUUUUUUAUUCUCAAUAUUUCUGUUUAUUUUCAUUGUUUUUCCCUGUGAAGCCAUUGUGUUGCAUCCAUGUCUGAAAUGUGCUGUAUAAAUAAAGCUUAAUAUGAUUUGAACAUAUUGCAAAACAAAUUAACCCAAUGAAUGAUCAAUCAACAGACUCUUGGUCCAUCUUAGUAUGAAAAACAGUAUAUUCCCACUUUUCCAGCCUGCUAAAGGCGAGGUGGAGUGGUAAACACCACCCCUUGCUCUACCAGGGGCAUGAGGUGGUUGCCCACAGCUCUGCUUAUGUCAUGUUCUGUGGCUUUGCCGUUCCAUUUCCUGACUGCAGCUGCAACACAGAAAGAAACACAUUUAGUCAUAUUAAAUAAAACAAGUUAUGGAUAUGGAGCAUCUAUGGCCUCAGUUACCCCUGGCACCUAAAUGUGACUUCUGUCAUCUGAUCAUUCCAAGCUGCAUUAGGUCUGGAUGCACAAAAGUCACAAUAUGCUGCAUUAGGUUUAGAUCAGCCAGGA